AUGCUGAAAGGAGUCUACUGUGGAGACUUAAUCACAAGCCAAGGAGGCAAAGGCGCACCACCUCCCAGCCCCCGCCAAGAGGGGCCUAAUGGGGGUGCGGGCCCCUCGCACCUUCGGCGGGACAGUCAGCAACGGCCUGGGUGGAAGCAAGGCCCGGGGGAGGUGAGUCUGGCUGGGGCAACGCCAAGAGUACCAGAUGGAGGGUCAAAGGCGGGCACCCGGGGACUGGGGGCCGCCUCAAGAGACCCUCCCUUCCUGGGCCCCCCGGGGCCCCUCACUGUCCUUGAACAGCAGGGUCCCGGAUACCGGCCCCCGCCACACCUAUCGCUCCUCACCUCACGCUGCCCGAGCCUCUGCCUCCACCACAACCCGAGCCGCCGGAGCAGCCACGGUGCGAGCCAUUUCCCUCUCAGCCGCCGCCAAGAGACUCGGCGGACUCCACGGCCAGCCAAGCACAGCACGUCACUUCCGACCAGAGAAGCACCGCCUUCCGCGCCCAGGCUUCUGGUGGAUUGGCUGGUGCAGACGGCCUACCUGAGGAUGGAUGUGAAGUGGAUGAAGCCCUCUAAUCACUGUAAUAAACCUGCCUACACCUCCCAAGAAAUGCGGAGACUGGAUAGAGUUGCUAUGCUAUGGAGAAGUCUAGAAACAACUGUAUUCUUUGUGGCUAUGGCUACCAACUCCUACUCUUAGCUUUCCAUCUCUUCCACCCCUCCCCCAACCCAACUUCCAGGCAGACUUUACACACCCUAGAAGAAUGUCCCUUAGGAAUCUGUUUAGUUCCACAGCAUUGUUCUGCUUUAUCUUCUCAUCAAAGGAGGAAUUUCUAGAAUUGGCAGCUCUUUCACAAGAUUAAAAGGGGAGGGGAAAACGAUUUAUCUCAGCUGGUUUCCUAGCUUCUGCUCAAGAACUGAGUGUGCCUUCAGAAAGAAGGAAGACGCCUUGAGAGAACUCUGUGUCUAGCGGGAAUAUUAACCGUUUGACUUUUUUAAUCUUUCUUAUAUUUUUCUUAUGAGAAAUAUUUUCUGAGUCCCAGCAGCAGAGGGCCUUUGCUUGAGUGAACUUCAUUAUGUUGUUAUACCUCUUGAAUGGCCAAUACUUAACAGGCUCUGAUUGACCAGAAGGGUCCCAAUAGGAAGAGAUAGAAAGGGAGUUGAAUAGUGCUCCAGAUUCCAAAAAAUCAGCAUCCACAAAUUGCCAGGUGUCAAGAAUAUGAACUAGUAGCCCUCCCUUAGCAGCUUCUCUCUCUGGCAGAGGGUGUAUGAAGAUGUAUGUGUUAGCAAUAGAAAUACAGAUUUCUAGGACAAACUGGCACUGCUGUCAUUUGAAGAACCAGCUAAGAACAUAGUUGGCAGCCAUUUCUCUCUUCUUUCUCCUACUAGCUUCAAUAUUAAGAUUUGAAGGUAGAGAAAAGAAUUGAGGAGGAGGUAUUAUAUUUUUAAGUGUUCCAAUCCUAACCUCCCACAGAGAACUUAACAGCACCACAAAUAUUUCCAAACUUCUUCCAGUACCAAAUGAGAAAUGGGCAACCUUGUUUUAUCACAGGGAAAAGAAAAAAAGGCUGAUAUUUAUUGAGCAUUUGCUAAGGCCAGGCCCUCUUCUUAGUGCUUUACAAGUCAUCGAAUUCCUCUAACAACCUUAUUAAAAGGUGCCAUUAUGAUAUCCUCAUUUUGUAGCUGAGAAAUUUGAAGAAAAGAGAGCAUAAAGUAAUUUGCCCAUAGUCACACAGCUACUAAAUAGUACAGCUGGGAUCCAAACCUGGGUCUAACUGCAAGGCCCAUGCUCUUUUACCUUCAAACUUCCCCCCAAAAGGCCAUGGAGAUUUUAACAGCUAUAAAAUAGCUACUAAAGGCCAUUUAUCAGUAAAUUCUUCACUUUCCUUUCCCAAUGCUGUAUCCCUACCCCAGUAGAACUCUGCUGAGUCCUAUACCACACAAUGUAAAACCUGUGGUCUCUACUUCUUGGAGAUCAUUACCUAAGACAGGUAACACUGUCUGAGAGAAACGACAUUAUGAACAUUAAAUGUGUGGAUAGUAAAAGGAUGUAAAGUUUGUAGAAGGAAUAGGGAAUGUUGCCUUGUAAUUCAUUCAGAAAAAAAAAAAAACAAGUAUUGAGCCCCUGUUUGCAAUAUAUCAGACACUAUCAUCUGUGCUAGAGAUACAGUAGUGAACAAGACAAGGUGUCCCUGCCCUCAUAGAGCUUAGUCCAUGUCCAACAGCGGAGACCAACAUUGAGCACCUAAUUAAACAAUUGUUUAAACUGUGAUAAGUGGUGUGAAGGAAAACUACAUGUGCUUUGAUUUAGAAUAGAAGGCAGGGGCACCUGGGUGGCUCAGUCAGUUGAGUGUCCAACUCUUGAUUUUGGCUCAGAUCAUGAUCCCAGGGUCAUGGGAUCAAGCUUCGUGUAGGGCUCCAAGCUAAACAUGGAAUCUGCUUAAGAUUCUCUUCCCCUCUGCCUUUUCCCAUGCUCAUGUGCUCUCUCUCUCUCUCUCUCUCUCUCAAAUUAAAAAAUAUAUAUAUAAGAUAAAAUGGAAGGCAGAAAGGC